AUGGAGCGCUCCCUGCACCGAGUCUCUCUCGGGAGACAGCGUGCCCACCGGGACUUGUCCUUCUACCUCACCACCUUCGGUCAGCUGAAGCUGUCGAUUGAUGCGCAGGAUGGGAUUCUGCUGCUCCAUGUCAUGGAAGCCAAAGGCCUGAUGAGCAAAGAGCCUGGUGUCUGCGAUCCCUAUGUGAAGAUUUCUUUGAUCCCUGAAGACAACCGAAGGCGCCGUCAAAAGACACAGACCAUUCCUGACUGCAGGGACCCGGCUUUCCAUGAGCACUUUUUCUUCCCUGUCCAUGAGGAGGAUGAACAGAAGCGGCUGCUGGUCACUGUGUGGAACAGGGCUGGGAGCUCCAGACACAGCGAAUUCAUCGGCUGCAUGAGCUUCGGGGUGAAGUCUCUUCUGACUCCAGACAAGGAGGUCAGUGGCUGGUACUACCUUCUCGGGGAGGACCUGGGCCGCACCAAGCACCUGAAGGUGGCCAGGCGGCGGCUGCGGCCCCUAAAAGACCCUCUGCUGAGAGUGCCAGGAUGUGGGGACACUGAGACUGGAGAGAAAUUCAAGAUUACCAUCCCUAGGGGGAAGGACGGUUUCGGCUUCACCAUCUGCUGUGACUCUCCAGUCCGUGUCCAGGCCGUGGAUUCUGGAGGCCCAGCGGAGCGGGCAGGACUACAGCAGCUGGACACCGUGCUGCAGCUGAACGAGAGGCCGGUGGAACAUUGGAAAUGUGUGGAGCUGGCGCAUGAGAUCCGGAGCUGCCCCAGUGAGAUUAUCCUGCUUGUGUGGCGCAUGGUGCCCCAGAUCAAGCCAGGGCCAGAUGGUGGGGUCCUGCGGCGUGCCUCCUGUAAGUCAGCACUUGACCUCCAGUCACCCCCUAACAAGCGGGAGAAGAACUGCACCCAUGGAGUCCAGGCACGGCCUGAGCAGCGCCACAGCUGCCACCUGGUGUGUGACAGCUCCGACGGGCUGCUAUUGGGCGGCUGGGAGCGCUACACUGAGGUGACCAAGCAUAGGGGCCAGCACACCCUGCCUGCGCUGUCCCGUGCCACUGCCCCCACAGACCCAAACUACAUCAUCCUGGCACCGCUGAACCCUGGGAGCCAGCUGCUGCGACCUGUGUAUCAGGAGGACACCAUUCCAGAAGAAGAAUCAGGCAAUCCUAGCAAAGCAAAGUCCUCCACAGGCCUGGGGAAGAAGUCCCGGCUGAUGAAGACAGUGCAGACCAUGAAGGGCCAUGGAAACUAUCAGAACUGCCCGGUCCUGAGGCCACAUGUCCCGCACUCCAGCUACGGCACCUACGUCACCCUGGCCCCCAAGGUCCUGGUGUUCCCUGUCUUUGUUCAGCCUCUAGAUCUCUGCAACCCAGCCCGGACACUUCUGCUGUCGGAGGAACUCCUACUGUACGAGGGGAGGAACAAGGCUGCUCAGGUGACCCUGUUUGCCUACUCGGACCUGCUGCUCUUCACGAAGGAGGACGAGCCAGGUCGCUGCAACGUCCUGAGGAACCCCCUCUACCUCCAGAGCGUGAAGCUGCAGGAAGGCUCUUCUGGGGACCUGAAAUUCUGCGUGCUAUAUCUUGCAGAGAAGGCAGAGUGCUUAUUCACUUUGGAGGCACACUCACAGGAGCAGAAGAAGAGAGUGUGCUGGUGCCUGGCAGAGAACAUCGCCAAGCAGCAACAGCUGGCUGCCUCGCCCCUGGAGAGCAAGAUGUUUGAGGCAGAAGCAGAUGCGAAGAGGGAGAUGUCCUCAGCUGAAGGCAAGGGGCCGGCUGCUGAGGCCUCCCCACCCAGCGAGGAUGGCCAGGAACCUCCUCCGGAGCCAGACCAAGCCCUCAGCCAGGACCCAUCUGUGGGGCAGACACCUGCUCCUGGUCCAGAGUCCCCAUCCAGCGGAGACAUACCCACCUGCACAGAACCCUCUCCGGGCCAGGAAAUCUCACCAAGCAAGGACACCCCGCCAGCCCAGGACCCCACAACCCUCCAUGACCUGACUGUUGGUCAGGAGCCUCCUCCCAGCCCGGACCCUCUGCUCAGCAAAGCUGCCCCUGCAAUCCAGGAAGCCCCUGCCCAGGACCUUGCACCCCAAGACCCACCUCCCAGCCUUGCCCCACUAGUUGCUGAGACUCCUGCUGAGGAGACCCCUAGCACCAGCACUGCCACUGUCGCAGCUGCCACUGGGGACCCACCAGCAGCCCCUGGGACCCCGCCUGCCACCUCCAGGCCCGCCUUCGUGAUCCCGGAGGUCCGGCUAGAUAGCGCCUACAGCCAGGGGGCAGGGGCCGAAGGGGGCAGCUCAGAUGAGGAGGAGGAUGCAGAGGAGGUGGAAGAUGGAGAGGAAGGCGAGGAGGGUGAGGAGGACGAGGAAGAGGACACCAGCGAUGACAACUACGGGGAACGCAGCGGGACCAAGCGCAGCAGCAUGAUCGAGACGGGCCAGGGUGCCGAGGGUGGCCUCUCGCUGCGGGUGCAGAACUCGCUGCGGCGCCGGACGCACAGCGAGGGCAGUCUGCUGCAGGAGGCUCGCGGGGCUUGCUUCUCCUCUGACACCACCCUGCACUGCUCGGAUGGUGAGGGCACCACGUCCUCCUGGGCCAUCCCUUCACCCCGCACCCUCAAGAAGGAGCUGGGUCGCAAUGGUGGUUCCAUGCACCAUCUGUCCCUCUUCUUCACCGGGCACAGGAAGAUGAGUGGGGAUGACGACGAAGCCUCCAGGAAGAGAAAAAGCAAAAACCUAGCCAAGGACAUGAAGACCAAGCUGGGCAUCUUCAGAAGGCGGAAUGAGUCGCCUGGGGCCCAGCCAGCGGGCAAAGCAGACAAAAUGAUGAAGUCUUUCAAGCCCACCUCAGAGGAAGCCCUCAAGUGGAGCGAGUCCUUGGAGAAGCUGCUACUUCACAAAUAUGGGUUAGCAGUUUUCCAAGCCUUCCUUCGCACGGAGUUCAGCGAGGAGAACCUGGAGUUCUGGCUGGCCUGUGAGGACUUCAAGAAGGUCAAGUCACAGUCCAAGAUGGCAGCCAAAGCCAAGAAGAUCUUUGCAGAAUAUAUCGCCAUCCAGGCGUGCAAAGAGGUCAACCUGGACUCUUACACACGGGAACACACGAAGGACAACCUGCAGAGUGUCACACGGGGCUGCUUCGACCUGGCCCAGAAGCGCAUCUUUGGGCUCAUGGAAAAGGACUCCUACCCUCGCUUCCUCCGCUCCGAUCUUUACCUGGACCUCAUAAACCAGAAGAAAAUGAGUCCCCCACUUUAGGGACCACCGGGAUGGAACGCAACCUACAUACCAGGCAGGCUGAGCCCUGCACCCACCUGCCUUCCUUCCCCCUGCGACAGAGGGGACGAGGAAGCCCCCUGAGGCUGAGGCUGUCUCCUGAAGGACAGAUGGACACUUGGUUGCAAGGCCUGGAUCUAGGGAGACCCAGGCCGCUGGAAGAGUAGAGGGACUGGCCCAACUGGGUUCCCCACUGCCCUGGUACGAGGGGGUCCAGGGGCCCUGGCCAGGUUGGCCGGAAGCCCCAGGCUAAACCAGAUCUGGAGCAGCUGCUCCCGGCUGCAGAGACUGUGGAGACUGCAUUGACCAAGUUCCUCAGAGAGCUGGCUGAAUGGGCAGGAGGCCGGGGCUCGGGUUUUGGGACCCACAGGGGAUGGCCGGCGCUCGGCAGCCCAACUCCCUGCCUUGAGUUCUAUUUAUUUAAACAGUAGCUGGAUGCUUGGCCUUGUCCUCCUGUGCUAGGAAGCCCUUGCCACAUCAAUUUUCCCCCUCAUUUCCAAGUGCAAUAUUUUAACCAAUGCCUUGUGAAAAGCCACCUGGCUUGCCAGGUGGCCGCCAGUUUCCAGUUUCAGGGCAUUUGCUGGUAUCCGGCACCAGUGGUGGCAGCUGGGCCUUCUAGACUGAUGAGGCCUGGAGGGGCAUCUGCACGGGCUGAGCUCCUGCUUGGGACACCUGGCACCCCUGGACAGUGGGGUAUUGCUCAGCGGCUCUGGGCAAGCAUGGCACCCUCGGGUCGCACAGUAACCAAGUACUGGAGCAAAUAAAAGGCCUGUGUUACUUCUUGA